CUGCACUUGUGGUGGAAGCACAUAAUUCUCCCAAAUCCAGCCCAUUCUGAAAGGGCAGGGAUCCUGGUCUGCAUGACGAAACUGAAUCAAAAAGUGGAGUUGACGUGUCUCGGAAGAAAUACAUUUUAGACACCCAGUCAUCUUUUUUAAAAGAUGUCCUUUCUGGCAUUUCCUAGAGGAGGCAGACAGAAAAUGACAGCGAGAUUAUUAAGCGUGGGCCUCACUGUGCUCUUUCUGAGCUCCUGCGUUCCCCUGGGGGCAGCUCGAAUUUCUUGCAGAAAUGAAGAUGGUGACGCUGUAGAUUGGUUUGUUUUUUACAAGUUACCCCAGAAUAGAAAACAGAAGAGUGAAUGGAGUGGUUUAGAGUACAUGUACCUGGAUGCUACCACUAGAAGGUGGCAGAGGAGUGAGAGUCUAGUCAAUAUGACCCAGAGUGUCUUAGGAAGAACAUUACAGCAGCUUUAUGAAGCAUGGGAAGCCAAGAACAAUAGCACUGCCUACCUGAUAUAUAAUGACAAUGUCCCUCACUCUGUGGAUGGUAGCUGGAAGCAAGGGCAUGCAAAAGGUUUCUUGCUUUGGGAUAAAUCACAAGGAUUCUGGCUGAUUCACACAAUUCCCAGGUUUCCUUCUUUCCCUGAAGAAGACUAUAGCUAUCCAUCUACUGGGAAGAAAUACGGACAAAUUGGUAUCUGCGUAACUUAUAACUACAGCCAAUUUGUGGAAAUAGAUUCCCAGCUAUUAAGCUGCAUUCCAAAUGUCUAUAGCUGCUCCAUCCCUGCCAUCUUUCACCCUGUGCUCACCUAUCUGCCCAAAAUGUGUGUCGGCUCUCCACUCCCCAGGAUUCCUCGCCAGCGCCUCUCCAGACUUCAGUCCAUCCGAGGCCAAAACUUCCUCCACUUUGCAAAAUCACCUUACUUGAUUGAUGAUGUCUAUGUGGCUUGGAUGGCUCAACAGUUGCAGACUAAUUUGCUUGUAGAAACUUGGCAACCUAAGCUUCCAUCCAACUGUUCUCUUUCAUACCAUGUCUAUAACAUCAAAGAAAUUAGAAUCCCAGGACAGUCUACUUUUAGCUCCUACUAUGAUCAUGCCAAAUGGUGUAUUUCCCAAAGAUACUACAAGAAACACUGGACAUGCAUUGGAGACCUGAACCGAAGCCCAUUCCAGACUCGGAGAGGAGGAGGAUUCAUCUGUACUCAAAAUAAGUACAUCUACCUCGCAUUUAGAGGUUUGGUUCUGCACUACCAGAAUUGCAAUCAGUCUUAAUCAAAGGUUAGAGCAUGGCAGACUUAUGGGGAUUCCUACCAUCCUUAUGAUUUAUCCAUGCCUUAUACUCUAAGAGUCUAGGAGGAUACCUCUUUACUAUAAAACUAUCAAUUAAAAUAUUAUUUCCUCAAUAUCUCCAACAUAUCACUUGCCAAAAAAGCUCAUUUUGCUAUUUUACAUUAUUACAUGUAAUUUAAAAUGUAGAAAAACAAACAGUUCACUAUGAGAGGAAGUCAAGUCUCAAUAAUUUAUCUGAUUAUCCAGUGUUCUAAUUAACCAGAUCCUUUUAUUGCUUUUUGGGAUAACUCACUUCUCCUUAAUGUCUCCACUAGAGGAUGGACAGGUAAAUAGGAAAGCUAUGACCCAAUGACCAUGGUCUAGAAAAACCUAUCUGCUCCAUUGCUAACCCAAUUGUCAAAAGGAAAAUACACACACACACACAAAAAAAAGGGAAAUACCUUUCCUGAUCUGAGUCUCCAGGUUUCUGUCUUCAGAAUCAUCCUGAAUUUAUCGAGGUAUCCAUGUUCUGGCCUCAUCAGUACCCACUUGCACGACCACAUCUAAUAGGUCCUAAAGCAAAUUCUAUCAGCUAGACCUUUUGGCCAGUUCAAUCCUCAACGAACAAUCACCUGGUCUGUCUGCACAAUACAGAACUCAGCCUUGUGGUCCAGGCUAACAAGCUACUCUUAGGUUCAACUCUUCUCAUCUUUACUCUUUGGCUGCUUAUCACCAACUAAGAGGACAGUUUAGUAGAAAGAGUAAUGGAGCUGAGAGGUAGAUAGAUGGUAUAGUAGGUAGAGCACCGGACCUGGAGAUGGGAAGACCUGAGUUCUACUCCAGCCUCAGACACACUGGCUGUGUGAU